GUAUCGCUCCUCUUCACGCCUUCUACAGUCUGUUCUCUGGCAAAGAAUGUUCUGUGCAUGACACAAAUGUGGACUUCACCUUGCAAAGUUCCAUGCUUUUGCUAUCUGAAGAUGCCCAAUCUGGAGACACCUUCAAGCUUCCCUCCCUCAGUGCCACUACUAAAUCUUACUGGCCUCUGAUCUUCUUCCUACUGAUAGGAACUUGCCAUGGAGAUAUCGCAGCCCGAAGAAUGGAGCUGCAACGUUCCGAGGCUCCCGUCACGACGCACUCCAACUUUUUCCGUUUCGCACUGAGGGGGAGGCAGAGGGCGCUAUCCUGUGCCGGCGACCCCACGGUCUGCGCCAACCGCGAGCGGAACCCGUGGGGCGGCGACACAUGCUGCUUCCGCCGCUACUGCAGGGACACCACAAGGGACGCGAGCAACUGCGGCGCGUGCGGCCGGGCCUGUGCCUAUGGCCUGGUGUGCUGCGGUGGGGAAUGUGUGGACGUUCGGAGUGAUCCACACAACUGUGGAUCCUGUUUUGAGGAGUGCCCUGCACAAAGUGGGUGCUCCUAUGCAAUGUGUGAUUAUGGUGGAUAGCUGUUGAACAAUCAAAGCUUCUGAAAAACAUUAAAGCACAAAUUCUCAAA